AUGACCUCGCGAGCACCUCCUGCUCACUCAGCAGCUCGUCAUAGCUCAGCUCGAUCGCCGGUUCACUCGGCAGCACAAUCGCCCAAGUAUGCUGGUCAAGCGGGGAAUGUGCCACUUGCUCUUUCGCAAAGCCUCACAUCCGUUCAGAGUAUCAAUUCGCCCUCUGCGCUCUCGCUUGCCAGCCCUUCGGCGGGCAGACAUACCUUUGACUCACCCGUCGGCAAUCUGUUGCCAAAGUCCACCACCCGGGCGAAGACAUUGUACACCCUGAACGCGGAUACGAGCGAUCCAAGAUGGGAACGUCAUCUCGUUCCCUCGGCUGUCGAGUUGCCCUUUGCAGCUCUGUAUGCUCAGCAGGACAAGACGACGAAUGGGGAUCAAGCUUGGCGCAUCGACUGGCAACAAUACCGCGUUGUUGAGAAUGACGCCACAGCGAACGAGAACUUGCUCGAGCGGCAUGGACGCGACGACAUGGCAGCAGGCCCAUCUGAGCAGUCUUGGGGUUCAAGGUGGACUAUCGUCCUUCCUGUCGACGCGGCCAAGCCAGACGAUGCUUCCGCUCGGCAGCUCUGGUCAUUCACCUUUGCUGGGAAAGAUGCACCCAUUGCAGAUCCUGAGCCACGGGCGGGACUCAAAGUGUCUCUUACGGGCAGCUUCACUCAUGCAGAUCUCUAUCCGCAUAUCUACAAAUCUGGCACAGUCGCUCAAGAGACCCCUAUAGCAGACCUACCAGCAGCCUUCUCGAUCUCAUCACUCUCGCCAGAGCUCUUCCUUACACUCAAUGCCUUCACGAUGGCAGCUCGUGACGCUUUUCUGCGGCGACUCGUGCUCUUCGAAACAGGGGAAGAUAUGACCUGCUUGAGAGAUGGCAACGGCGUCUUGCUCCUCCCGCCAGAUCAAGACAGCACAUGGUGUAGCUGUCAAGUUCAACUAGCGCAAUCGCACCUCGUCUUCUCACCGGUUCUCGAGACGUCCGAUUAUUCAUCCCUGACGGCGAGGCAUGUCGAGCAGAUGGAGUACCUUCAGCAAGAAUCGGGCUCUUUUGACAUGGCAGACACGAAAUCAGCUAUCACACUCGCACCGCUCGGCUUGUCUGGUGUUUUCGUCAGGCGGUAUGCUCACACGCAUCCAGCCUAUGAGCACACCAGGUCUCGCUCGAUCAAGCAGUGUGAGCUAGCGAGUCUGCAUGGCCUGCGCGAGUCAUGGCACGAUGCCACGCGCGGUCUCCUGCAGCCUCUAUCGCCGGAUGCACAGUGGAUCGUCAUCCGUUCGAUAGAUGUACCCGGUAUCGAAGGCGAACGCGACAUAGUCUGGCCUCUUGCUGCCUGUCUCGUCAAGCCGAGUCCAGCGGAGGCUCCCAAGCCUACAUUACCACUGGCAACACGUAGUCAGAACAUCCUCUCCAUGGAAGAGCACCUCAACGCGCUCGCACAGUGGUCAGGCGCGCAGAUUGACCAGCUGACCAAAACUAGAGAUCGCAAGGAUACCCCCACAAAAGCGGGUGAUUUCCCAGCCAGUCCGCGGCCAGCUGCGCCCGCGCCUUCCGCACCUGCAAGUGCAAGCGCAGAUUCACCGCGAACCCCUGCAGCUGAGCCAUCGAAGCCAGCGAAAGUACCGCCGCCGCCGGCGCACGUACAGAGGGAGACAGACUGGGAUCUCAUAGAGAGCAGGCCGUCGCCUAGGCAUCAGCACUCGUAUGAGCUUGAGCAUGCGACCGAUCCCAUGCAAGGUCUCACAGAAGAUGACUUUAGCUUUUUCGACGCGCCGACGGUCAAGGUAUCCAAAGCUCACAUCAAUGGUAACAAGCCUCGGUCGCCCGAUCAGGUAGACCAAGCAAUCCAGCAUCCUUCUGUAUCCAGUAGCGUGGGAUCGGGAGGAACGUUCACCAGCUUUGAAGAUGCAACGAGCGCGACGACCGCACCGAGCACAGUCUCACCUGGCUCUGAUGUCUCCAAUGUCAAGACACCAAAGACGCCAUAUUGGCAUACCGAGGACUCGCUCAGAUCCGACGAGAUGAAAGUGCUGAGUCCGGUCCACGAAGUCGAGCAACCGCACGUCCCUUUGACUUCGUUCGAAGCCAUCUCAUUUGAUGAUCUGCCAAUAGCGAAGAAGCGACCUCAAAGCGCAGUGUUCAAAACGCUCGACAUCAAUGUAUCAGACGGGCGAAAGACGAAGCGAAGGCGAUCUUCAAUAUCUAUCGAUUUGGCAGAGUCCAAAGCGCGAUAUCCUUCUCGCGCACGGCACACGCGAUUGCAGCAAUCUAUCAUGGACGAAAGUGCAGCGACAUCUGAAGACGAGCUAGCGCGCGACGGCGACGCCGAUGAUGAUGACGAUGGUGUCAGAGCGAGCAAUUCAGAGGAAGACGACGGGGCUCCGAUACCAGCACAGCUGCUGACUGCUGAGAUCUUUUCAUUGCUUGGCGAUCGACUCCAGCAGAAGCCAGGCAAGACCGACGAUGCAGUAGUCUCAUCUGCUCUCGACAAUCCGGCUGCCAAAGAACAUGUUGCUACCUCGUUCGCCGAACACCUUGUCGAAAACCCAGACUUUCGCUGGGUCCUCAUGCGUAACAAGCCCGUUGCAGCACCAGUCGCGAGCUCUGUCCUGCCGCAUUCGAUCGUUUUGCGGGCGACAGAUUUGAUCAGUCGCCUGGACAGAGGCACCGCCGACGAGGUGACAGAGGUCACUGACGCACUAGAACGUCUCGAUGCGCCUCCGCUAAUCCUACGACGUCGAGAUAUGGUCAUCAAGUCAUCGCCAUUAGCUCUGCCAAAUUGGUCAAAGCUCGGCUUUACCCCGCUGAGCGGAUGCAAGAAUGUUACGGUCGUCGCCUUGCACGGCGCUCAACAGUCUUCUGCGAGCGUUCGACAAUGGUUAGGAAGAACGGCCGCCGCGUAUUCGGCUUGUGGUCUUGGCACGUGCGAAGUGGCUCAUGCACUCGCCGAAGGCGGUGCGCGCAGGCUGCCAACUGGCGCGAUGGAUCUUCGUAAAGGCGCCGAAGUUGCUCAAAGCUUGAUUGAUCUUCGGCAAACUUUGCGCCAACACUCGCAAAGUUGCGACCACUUGACCGUGAUGCUGGUCGACUCGAUGGCCGUGCCCGCAGCUGUCAUGUCGUUACUGUCUUUCCUCAGCGAGCCGACGCUUGAGCAAACCGCGGACAAGCACAGACCACACCCAUUUUUGGUCCAUCUAGUCGCGCCAGAUGCUUUGCUUCGUGCAUUCGAGAUAAGUGGCCAGCCUGGAGAAGCUACGGACGAGACAGCACUUGCAUUCCGCCUUUACGACAGACUCCGUCUCGAAGUUGAGCACCGCAGCGCAAAACCAGAGACCGCGGAAGCGCUCGGAUUGACCGCAAAGGCCCGUCAUGGUUCUUUCCAAGGUCAUGCGUUCACGCUUUCGCUCGAACGCGUAGCUUCUAGGCCCCGGAUCGAUUUCAGUUGGCCAAGCCGAUCACUCGAUAUUCUUGAUCGCCAUCGAAUGCUGCAUGUCGCCUAUGCCAUCUCCGCCGACCGGCGCUGGCUAUGUCUUGCCUGCGUAGAUGACCGAGGCGAGGGGCACACGGUACGAGUCAAGCUCUUACCCGCCAACGUGCAGCCCGGCCAGACUUACAUUCAAGCUUGCCUUCUCGUAUGGGAAUUAGCUCAAGGCACUGCUACGUCGGCUUCCGUCGAAUGGCGUGUGGUCAUCGUCAAAAUGGGCUUGCUCGAAGCACUUGAGCUUGCUGCGUGGGAACGUGUAUUUGCGUCAGCUGCUUCUCGGUGGAGCAAGCCCGCCCACCUGUCUCUACUGGCGACAGAUGCAAAGACACCACUUCUGCUCCGAGAUACGAAGCUGGAGCAGGUCGCUUCGGCUGAUUCUCCAACAGAUUCGCUCUUUGGCCCAGAUGACGAGGAAUUACAUCAUGGCAAAACCCUGAUCGAUCUACAGUCCAGACACUACGCUUGCAUUCUUGCACAACCCUCAGAGCUGUACAAUCACGACCUGCGGCUAUAUGCACGAUCGCUGGCCUCUGCCUUCAUGCUCCUCGUGCCUGAUCAGCCCACACUUGCUCAAAGUCACUCUUGGCCGUCGCUCGUCCGAUCGCGGGCCUCAAAAGCCAUCAGUAGCCUCAACUUAUACUAUCUUUCCAGUCAUCGCACGGCGACAUCGACGUACACUAGCAGUAUCGAGGCAACUUUGCGCGAUAUCACGAGAAGCUAUUCCGAUCUGCAUACGUUGGCGCGGGCUCGGUGGCAGAUGCAUGACGUCAACGGCCUUCCUUGGCACCUCGCGAGCGUUUCUCUAGUCGAAGACUUUCUCGCCAGCCAGAUCAGCAAGUCUACCUAG